AGAGAUGGAUUCUGAUGUUAUUAAACAGAUGAAGAAGGCCAUGGCUUCUGAUUUGGAAAGCAGGUAUAGCAAUAAGCAGGAGUUUCUGCAAGAGUGUACUGCACUGGAUCCCCGCUUUAAAGUGUCAUGUGUGAAUGCAGAGCAGCAACAUGAGGUGUACCACAGACUUGCAGUUGAAGCAGCUAAUAUGAAACCACGACUUGUGUCUGUGAAGGUGGAACCAACCACAUCAACCACAACAGUUGCUGAUGACCUACCUGCAUUGCCAGUCAUGCUACCAGAUAUGGAAUCAGCUGAUGCACAGUCUGAUGUCAAACCAGUUGAUGAUGUCAUUACAACCUCGACAAGGAUCACAAGUGACCUCACUACUCAGUCUAGUUGUGCCAGUGGUGGUUUAGCCUCCAUUUUAGGUGAUGUUGUUUUCAUAAAGGAGGAGAUGUUACCCAAGAAAUCCAACUUGGAACAGGCAAUAUUCGAAAUUGAUGUCUUCAAAGGUCACGCGCUUAUACCGAUGUCAGAAGACCCAUUGGUAUGGUGGAAAGAACACCACUGGCAGUUUCCUCUUCUCUCACAGUUAGCCAGGAAACGGUUGUGUAUUCCAGCCACAUCAGUACCAUCAGAACGCGUGUUCAGAACAGCUGGGAACAUUGUCACAGCACAGAGGGCCGCACUCAAUCCUGAAGUUGUGGACAUGCUCAUAUUCUUGAAGAAAAAUAUGGCCUAAAACAUUUAACCUGACACCUGAAACUAAUAAAGAUCAUUAAAAAAUGCAUGCCUCCUUAUUUUAUUAAAAAAACAACCCAUAAAUAUUAAAUAUAAAUAAUAUCAACUAUAUCGCAAUACAUAUCGCAAUACGGUUUCUUAUAUUGCAAUAUAUCGCAAUACGGUUUCGACCGUAUCGUUGCACCCCUACUUGUAAGGCGGGUCAUUGUAC